UUGUGCUUUCGUUGGUAGCUUUGAAAAACUCCAUUUCCAGUGACUCAAUAUCCAUAAUCAAAUGGGUAACACUUUCCUCAACUUAGCCCUUCUCAUCAUCUUCCAAUUUUCUAUUAGGGCUACUUUCUCCAUGAAAUUAACCACCAUACUUACAGACCAAUCAGCGCUUCUUGCAUUGAAAAACCAUGUUUACGAUCCUGAAAAUGUCUUGGAAACCAAUUGGUCAUCUUCUAUCCAUGUUUGUAAUUGGUUUCGUGUUAGUUGCGGAUCCAAGCAUCAUAGAGUCACAGCUCUGAACCUUUCUGGGUUGGAACUCGUAGGCACCCUUCCUCCCUCUUUAGGAAAUUUAUCAUUCCUUUCCCUUCUUUCCAUCACAAAUAAUAGUUUCCAUGGUAGAUUACCUGUCCAAUUAUCCAAUCUGCGACGGUUGAAACAUCUAAGCUUUGGUAACAACAGCUUCAGUGGAGAAAUCCCAUCAUGGUUGGGAUCAUUAACUGAACUUCGAAGCGUCUUUCUAGACCAUAACAGCUUAAAAGGUGUUAUUCCAUUCUCUUUAGGCAAUUUGUCAAAGCUAGAGAUCUUGACUUUGUCUGGAAAUCAGCUUUUAGGUUCAAUACCCUCCUCCAUCUUCAAUAUAUCUUCCUUACAAAAGAUGGAUCUAAGCAAUAAUAUGCUCUCUGGUUCCAUACCCUCUGUUUCGCACGUUUUGCUUUCAAUAGAACUCAUCAAUUUCAACAUCAAUAAUCUCACUGGCCAUCUUUCAAAGGAUAUGUUUGAUCAUUUUCCGAAUUUGAAAGAACUUCACUUGAGUGCUAACAUGCUUUCUGGUAGAAUUCCAAUGAGUUUAUUCAAAUGCAAAAAGUUACAAGUUUUUUCCUUAUCAUAUAACCAAUUGGAGGGGAGUCUACCGGUAGAAAUUGGGAAUUUGAGUAUGCUUCAGAGAGUUUAUAUUGCUCGGAACCACUUUGAAGGUGAAAUUCCAAGACAUAUUGUGAACCUUACUCUUCUUAGUGUGCUGGAUUUUCCCGAUAAUAACUUUACAGGCACAAUACCUCAUCAAAUUGGCAACCUACAGAAUCUUGAGUACUUGCAUUUGGGAGCCAACAAUAUUGUUGGUUCUAUUCCUCCCGCAAUAUUUAAUAUUUCAACCUUGUCGAUCAUUUACUUGGAAUUAAAUCAGCUAUCUGGCCGUCUUCCACCUGACGUUGGCCUUUGGCUUCCGAACCUGGAACAGUUACAUCUUGAUAUAAAUCAACUUGUCGGCUCAUUCCCAAUGUCUAUUUCCAAUGCCUCUCAGCUUACUAGUCUUGAUAUAUCAAGUAAUUACUUUUCAGGGACCAUUCCUGACACUCUUGGCAAUCUAAGAAAUUUAAAGAGACUCAACUUGGAGACUACUAAUUUAAGUUCCUCAGGAAUGAGCUUUCUCUCUUCAUUGACAAACUGUCGAGGCUUGGAAGUCUUGUAUUUUGGCGACAACCCACUAAUCAGCGGUAAACUUCCGGGUUCCAUAGGGAAUCUCUCAAGUUCUCUCCAAAAGUUCUAUGGUCCUAUAUGCAACAUUAGGGGUAGCAUCCCAAGUGGAUUUGGAAACUUAAGUCGCUUGAUAAGUAUCUCUCUAUCCCAUAAUAAACUGACAGGAAUGAUUCCUACUACAAUUGGAGGAUUAAAAGAGCUUCAAAAGAUUUCUCUUCAUUACAAUAAGUUGGACGGACCCAUUCCAUCUGAUUUAUGUCAUCUAAAGAAGCUGGCUUUUUUGUUCUUAUCAAGUAACAAACUUUCAGGACCAAUACCUGCAUGCUUGGGUGGUCUCAUUUCUUUAAGGAGUCUAUAUCUCGACUCCAAUAUGUUUUCUUCGACAAUGCCUUCAACCUUGACAAGGAUCAGUGAUCUUCUCAUCCUGAACUUGUCCUCAAAUUCUCUAAGUGGUCCAGUGCCAAUUGACAUUGGUAAGUGGAAGGUUUUGACUAGUAUGGAUUUGUCGAAUAAUCAGUUAUCGAGUGAUAUCCCAAUUGGAGUUGCAGAUCUCCAAGACAUGACUUAUUUCUCCUUAUCCAACAAUAGAAUCAGAGGUUCUAUUCCUGAGUCAUUUGGUGACUUGUUGAGUUUGGAGUUCUUGGACUUGUCAAGAAAUAAUCUUUCCGGUCAGAUUCCCAAUUCUUUAGAGAAGCUUCCUUACCUCAAAUAUUUCAAUGUCUCUUUCAAUAGACUUCAAGGAGAAAUUCCUAAAGGAGGAUCAUUCGGAAACUACUCAUUCGAGUCGUUUACAGGGAAUGAAGCAUUGUGUGGUGCAGCUCAACUUCAUGUUCCAAGUUGCAAAACUAGACCUCUUAGAAAUUCCAAGGUGAGGACAAAGCUUAUAAUAUUUGUAGCACUACCAAUUGCCUCUGCAAUAUCAGUGGUUGCUUUAAUUAUCAUUAUCUUACGAAGAAGGAAGAGAAAAGACAGAUCGACAGCUCAAGAAGACUUGACACCUUUAGGAACAUGGAGACGAAUUUCAUACCACGAGCUUCAUCAAGCUACAAAUGGAUUCAGUGAUAGGAGAUUGCUUGGUAAUGGGAGCUAUGGUUCUGUAUAUCAAGGGACUCUCUUAGAUGGGAUGGAAGUUGCAGUAAAGGUAUUCAAGUUAGAGUUAGAAGGAGCUUUUAAGAGUUUUGAUGUUGAAUGUGAAGUUCUUCGCAACAUUCGUCAUCGAAACUUAAUCAAAAUCAUCAGUAGCUGCUCUAAUGAUCUUGAUUUCAAAGCUUUAGUUCUUGAGUUCAUGCCUAAUGGGAGUCUUGAUAAAUGGUUGUAUUUCAACAACCAUUUUUUAGAUAUCUUACAAAGGUUAAACAUAAUGAUAGAUGUUGCAUCCGCGCUAGAAUAUCUCCAUCAUGGUAAUGCAACGCCUGUAGUUCACUGUGAUUUAAAACCUAGCAAUGUUUUGUUAGAUGAAGAUAUGGUUGCACAUUUGGGUGAUUUCGGGAUUGCAAAACUCUUGUGUAAAGAGGAUUCAAUGAUACAUACCAUGACAAUGGCAACUAUUGGGUAUAUAGCACCAGAGUAUGGAAUUGAAGGAAUUGUUUCAACAAAAGGUGAUGUCUAUAGUUUUGGUAUUCUUAUGAUAGAAACCAUCACGAGAAAAAAGCCCACAGAUAAAAUGUUUGCAGGGGAACAGAAUUUGAAGAUUUGGGUGAAAGAGUCAAUAUCAUCUCCACUAAAUCAAGUUGUAGACACCAAUUUGUUGUGCACUAUUGGGAGCAAACGUUCAGCAGCCAACAAUUGUGCCUUAUCCAUUUUGCAUGUUGGCUUAGAAUGUUCAUUAGAGUUACCAAAUGAGAGGCCUAAUAUGAAAGAGAUUGUUAGGAAGCUAAACAAAAUCAAAGUGAAGUUUUUAGAGGAUAUUGAAGGGGUUUGAUGAAGAGUGCAUUUGUUAAUUUGACUAAAAUAGAUAUAAGCUUUAUUUUUAUUCAAUGUCUUUAAUAAGUAUUUAUCAAGAUACUUGGAAAUUUUACUCAUUUGGAAGUAAUGUUAGUUCAGUUGAUAUAAAUAUUAUAGGUUUAUUAAUUUGAUUCUCUAUCGAAUCCUUCAUUGGACUUUAGUUUUAGCUCUUUUAUAUAUUGAUUAGAAGUUAC